CGCAUGUGCAGUGAUCUCAGGUGUACUAUAUCCACAGCGGUUAAGUGACAAAAAUGGAGGACGCCAAGACUUAAAGAUCUCAUUUAAACCGUCGCCAAGAUGAUGACCAAGUGUUGUUUCUGCUGGAGUUUGCACAGGGGAACUCUAGCAUGCUGCUUCUAUACCCUGUUUUGUUCACUCGGCAGUCUAGUCUACUACUGCUACAUCGCCACCCUCACCUCCAUGGCCGUAACUGGGGGUUAUUACACGGAGUGCGGGACAUUUUUUGGCGGGAAUUUUAUCCUGAGUGACGCCAUCAGUUACAUAUCAGUACCCCUCCACUUACUGUGGCUGUUAGCGUCUCUUGUGGCCCUGUGUGGGGCUGGUAAGAGUCGGACAAGAUGGAUGUUAGUGCCAUGGAUGGUGUUCACCAUUGUAGAGUGUUUAUACUACAUAGUCUGUAUAGUGUUAUAUUACAUAUGUGGCAUGGAUACAGUUUUUCUUCCCAACCUGUCUUCGUACAUCUGGGUGCCCGUGGUGCUCAAUAUCGCAUUUUUUGUAAUAAACGUAUAUGCAUUGAUAUGUGUUGGGUCGUAUCACCAUUUAUUUGGAUACACUGAUGAUCUAGAUUCGGCUGACGGUUACAGUAACCAUAUGACCGGGUCAAGGUCAACUUCAGGAGGUGGAGGAGGAGGUUUCUCGCUAGAGGCCCCCACUAUCUACUCCAGCAAGUAUCCGGAACUACCCGAAGAAAAACGAAAAAUAAAAUUGAAGAAGGGCAGUGAGAGCACGGUAUAAUGAAACCAAAUUGUUAUGUUUUCUCCUAAAGCAAGGAUGCAAGUUGAGGUUUUCUAAGAAAAGAAACUCUAUGUAGUGAAAAUAUUUAAGCAAAGUAAUUUCGUGUUAAAUAUGAAAAAACUUUGAAAAGUAUUACAGUUAGCAGCAAAGUCUAGGUUACAUUAACUUUGUUCAUCCUGAGAUGCAUGCAGACGAAAAUUAUUCUAUUGACACAGCUGACAAGAAAAUCUGCCCUUUAGUUUAUAAUAUCUCGAAACAAAUGACAAAUUAAAGCACGUGGAUUUUGAGUAAAGCAGAAUCAUUUGACUGUAUUAUCUCAUUUGAAGGGGGAGCUUUAGAGGCCAUCAUAUUGUCGUAGUAAGAAACCGUUUUAUAUUAAACUAAACUGCAUGUAGUGCCUAGGGAGAAUUUUGCCUUUUAGCGUUCAAGGUGAUUUUAGGACUCUUUGAGUCGAACUAGUUAAUAUAUUUUUCCAUAUUUUCUUAUAGAGUGGCUGCCUUUGCAAAGUGGUCACGUGGUACAUUUUGAAUCAAAAGAAGCAAUCUCAUUUUUAUUUAGCAACUUCGAUGACAGAAUCAACAGCAAAAUUCUCUCUUUGACAUUAUAUAACACCUGUACUGUAAGAUCGAUCUUUCUAACAUGGCUAAGACAUAAAGCUAUAGGAGUAACUUUCAGUGAGCUGUAUAUAUAUAUUGGUUUAUUCAAGUGUGGAAGAAAUGUGUGUUAAUCUUAAGUGCAGUUGGGUUAUUGUCUAUAAUUAGAAUUACGCAUGAUUAUUUUGUUUACCAUUAACGGCUGUUUUACAAUACAAAAGACUGAUCGAUACAGAGAAAAAAGUUGAGCUGCCCCAGUAGUGUUUAUAUUGUAAAUUGUAAAUAUAUGCUUAUGUACAAACUAUUUUUAGAAUAUUCAAAUGUAAUUUGUUUAUGUGAUCAGGCCGUGAUGCAGUUGUUAGAAAGCUUACUUAGUCCUGCUGAGUUUGCUCUUGCUGUAAAACUUUGCAUUACUAGUGAAAUGCCUUUAGUGCAUGCAUGAUUACACGUGAAUGUCAUUAUGCAGUCUUCAUCCGUGGAUCAACAUUAAAAAAUCCAGAGGAUGCUUUUUUAUAUUCAGUGUCAUAAGUUGUUUUAAGAAUAGGCCCUGACAUAGACUCGUAUAGAAAGAUUUACCAUUGGGGGUGGUUGAGUACUGCGGACUCUUAUCUUUGGAGAACGCAAUCUGUAAAAACGCCAGGGAGAUUCCCAGGUUCCAUGCCUUCAGCUCUGUACACAGAAAAGAAUAAAACGACUCCAUGUUGCAAUUUCAACAGAA